AAAAUCCUAACCCCUCUGUUCACUGCUGUGCUCAUCCUUCCUUCCUAUUUCCAUUCGCCGAUAACAAAGAAAGGAGGGAAAUAUAGCUCACAUUGAUUGUGUAUCUUUGUUGUGCCUACAUUUGAAUCAUGGCUUUGUAUUUACUAUACGAGUCGGCCUCUGGUUACAGUCUCUUUCUCGCUAAUGGUCUUGAUGAAAUUGGGCAGAACACGGAGGCUGUUCGCAGCUCCGUCGCAGAUCUUAACCGUUUUGGCAAAGUGGUUCAGCUGACUGCUUUUCAUCCGUUUGAGUCGUCUUUAGACGCUCUGAAUCAGUGUAACUCAGUCUCUGAAGGGCUUAUGACGGAUGAGUUGAGGAGCUUUUUAGAACUCAAUCUCCCAAAAGUGAAGGAAGGUAAGAAGCCAAAGUUUAGUUUAGGAGUUGCUGAGCCCAAGUUGGGGUCACAUAUAUUUGAAGAGACAAAAAUACCUUGUCGAAGUAAUGAAUUUGUUCUUGAGCUUCUCCGCGGUGUACGGCUACAUUUUGAAAGGUUCAUCAAGGACCUAAAGCCUGGUGACUUGGAGAAAGCCCAACUUGGUCUGGGGCACAGUUACAGCAGGGCAAAAGUGAAAUUUAAUGUCAAUCGAGUUGACAAUAUGGUUAUUCAAGCAAUUUUCCUCCUUGAUACUCUCGAUAAGGAUAUCAACUCAUUCUCAAUGAGAGUCAGGGAAUGGUACUCUUGGCAUUUCCCUGAAUUAGUGAAGAUUGUCAAUGACAACUAUCUCUAUGCAAAACUUGCCAAGUUCAUAGAUGACAAGGCAAAGUUGUCUGAAGACAAAAUCCCAGAUUUAAUAGACAUACUUGGAGAUGAAGAUAAGGCAAAGGAGGUUGUAGAAGCUGCAAAAGCAUCAAUGGGACAGGAUUUAUCCCCAAUUGACUUGAUUAAUGUCCAGCAGUUUGCUCAGAGGGUAAUGGAUCUCUCCGAGUAUAGGAAAAAGCUCUACGAAUAUCUGGUUACUAAAAUGAAUGACAUAGCGCCUAAUUUGGCCUCCUUGAUUGGUGAAGUUGUUGGUGCUCGUUUGAUUUCCCAUGCUGGUAGUCUCACAAAUCUGGCUAAGUGCCCUUCUUCUACCCUUCAGAUCCUUGGUGCAGAAAAGGCAUUGUUCAGGGCAUUGAAAACCCGAGGAAACACUCCAAAAUAUGGUUUGAUCUUCCAUUCAUCUUUUAUUGGACGAGCUUCUGCUCGCAACAAGGGACGCAUGGCGCGUUAUCUAGCAAACAAAUGUUCAAUUGCAUCUCGUAUUGAUUGUUUUGCGGAAAGGGGCACUACCGUCUUUGGAGAAAAACUAAGAGAACAAGUUGAGGAGCGCCUGGAUUUCUAUGACAAGGGAGUUGCUCCUCGUAAAAAUAUUGACGUGAUGAAAGUUGCGAUGGAGAGUGCUCAGUAUAAAGAUGUUGAUAUGGAAGCAGAAGUACCUGCUGUACCUUCAGAAAAGAAAAGCAAGAAAAAGAAAUCAAAAUCUGAGGCUGCAGAGAAUGCUGAACCUAUGGCUGAGGAUAAAUCAGAGAAGAAAAAGAAGAGAAAAUUGGAGCAAAAGCUGGCUAUGGAGAAUUCAAAUGGUGUAAAUGGAGCUGAGGCAGAGCAGGAUGGAGCUGCCGAGAAGAAGAAAAAUAAUAAGAGUAAAGAUGAAGAUGGAGAGAAUGUGCAGCAUCUUAAAAAGAAAAAGAAGAAGUCAAAAGGUGAGAAUGAUAAAUGAACUUUGAAAGGUGUGUCCUGUUUGUCAGCAGAAUUUUGACGGUGGAAGUGGCGUUGAUAAGAACUUCUGUGAAAUAUUCAACAAUGUACUAGUUUAUUUGUGUUUUAAUUAUUGGAAGUAACACCACUAUGUCUAUGUCCGUUAUCGGCAAAUUUUGAUUGUUGUAACGGGAUAUCGUACAUGGGCAUCGGGUGGCCUUCUGUUUAGUGCUUCUUUGGCGGCUAACCGGGUCGUGAUCAAGCUGCCUUGAAUAGUAGUUCCACUUUAAUAGCAAAGCUUUUGGCUGUGGUGGUUGACGGGUGCAAAAUCACGGCUACCCCAGGACUACUCUUCUCAAUUUGGCAAUUGGUAUUAUAUGUUUUAUUUUUUA